UCAGUUCUGAAUCUUCCCAGAGCUGCAUCCGACAAUGAAAUAAGAGAGCGGUACCGGGCUCUGUCUAUCGUAUUUCAUCCUGAUAAACAACAUGAUGAGUCCACGAAGGAAACGGCGAACAGACGGUUCUUGGAGAUCCAGAAGGCGUAUGAAGGUAUAUACAACCCAUACACGAAUGAUGGCUAUGAUGGCCUAUCCAUUGAUUGGCCACCGCAGCUUCGCGACAUGCCUCGAGAUCAAGUUCGACGGAUUUUAACCCAGACAACACAACAACUCAAAACCCAUAAACUAGUCGACAUGAUAAAUCCUCAGGGACAAAUGACCUUUGGUAUCGAUGCUCGAUCUCUAUUCACAUCGGACAUCCCUACCAGCGGCUCAACUUGGGUAGAGCAGGCGGCUGAUAGGGUCUCUGAUAUUAGAAUUUCGUCAUUUGUUCUCCAACAUACAAUUCAGAGAAGCGUUGAUGCAAAAACACAAAUAACUGCAACUGCCAAGAUGGGGCGGGGCGCAGGUGGGAAUGUCCUAGGCACAGUACGACAUCAAUACUCACCGCGUCUGAGGUUUGAGGCCACGGCAUCCCUUCUUCGCUCGCGUCUCCUCAGCGUCAAGGGAAUAUAUCUCGGCGAUGACGAAACGAUAACCGCUCAGACGUCGAUGUCACUGCAAUCGCCCUCCUCGCCACCUCCUCUCACGGUUACGUAUAGCCGCCGCCUGUCCCGCACAUCACCUAUACAUGGUGUGCUAGGUUUACACGCCGGAGAGAUGCCUUUUUUCACUCUUGACAUUCGGUGCCCAUCUCCCUUUGAUCUUACCUCCCAGAUUGGGGCAGGGGAAGAAAGCCCUCGCUCAUCAAGUUCUGGAUCCGUUUCUGGACUCAGCAAAGGUCUCACUUAUUCGUCAUAUGGUGUCACGCUGGCGGGAUUGGAAACAGGUUUGAGAGCGCAAUGGGGUGUUACGUUCUCAGAGCUUCAGCUCGAGACUAGGCUAUUACUGCAACUCAACGUGAGGGGCCUUUCAUGGGCGCUUGUUGGUAGCUGGGGUGACGAUCAGGGGGGCGUCUCGACAUCGGUGGAGAUAAACGCCGGCGGUGUAGAAAUGAAAUUGGACCUGACCUACCUCGGGCAGCGGCUGGUCGUGCCCGUUACAGUGGCUGAUGAUUACGACCCUUCGCUUGGAUUCCUUACGGCAGUUUUACCCACCACCGGCUUCCUUCUGGCGUAUCAGUUGAUCUUGAAACCUCGUCGGCGGAAGGAGCGAGCUGCGUUCUUCCGCAAUGCGCGAAAAGAACUCUCAGAAGAUCGGGCAUCGGUGAGGCGCGAAGUCGAAGAGACGAUAUCGCUACUCAAGGAGACCGCACGGAAGCACAUGCAGGCCGAAAAGGCGAGAGAAGGCCUAAUCAUUCUGGACGCAAAGUAUGGACCCACGGAUUCGGAUCUGGAAGCCAGAUCUCUUGAAGUGGACGUAACCAUCCCAAUCCAGGCGCUCGUGUAUCACAGCCAACUGUAUAUUCCAGGCCACCGCACAAAGGUGAGCAGGGUCCAUCAAAUCGAGUUGCUAACCAUGGCUUCUUCCGGUCUUCAAGGUUUCUAUGACCCUGCGCCGUCCUGUAGCAAGGCACUGCGGAUACGUUACUCAUUCCUUGGCCGUAUGCACUACGCUGAAAUACCAGACUUUGUCCCUGUGGUUCUGCCACUCGAAGGUGAGGCUACAAUUGACCUGUUCCGUUCACGACAAUUGUUAAGCGUCUUUCUAUUGUGCCAACAGAUCACCUCGUCAACACCGCACUAUUAUAAGGCCACCCUAUUGUACUGCCCCUGA